AUGCGCGCCUCAGCAGAAUGUAAACCUCGUCAGGUACUGGGGAAGAGGAAGGCGACGCAGGAAGCACCGCCCCGAGAAACCGUGGUUACUUUUUCGAGCGAGUCCAACAAAAUCCCGCUGGAAGUCGACUAUGUCACUAGCAGGUCAAAUGCUCUGGAACGUCGACCGACCGACGAACACAUUCCCGCCUCUAGUCCAACAGAACAGCAACAGUUUGGCGCAAAUAGUUCAGUCAUCAAUUUUGCGAGAAAUGUGGCCAGAGACCAUGAUCUCGAGUCGCCAGAUUUGAGCUCGACCAUACCUGGCGAUGCUGGCGACAUUCGAGAAAUUGGCUCAGCAUGGGGCCUCCGAGGAAUGCAGAUGCCCCCAUUACUCAUUAUGCGCUCCUUGAUCCAAGCCUACUUUGACCGUGUACAAUGGUUUAUAUUCCUUUUCCACGAGCCAAGUUUUACUGCCCGUGUGGAAUCUGUUCUGCGAAAGCCUCAAUGGACUAGGCAAGAUCUACCGGUCGUGGUAGUCGCCCUUACAGUUGCCGCAAUGGGUCUCAAAUGCGUCCUACACGAUUCUUCAUGGCACGGACACCAACACCUGGAGUUGGAAGGGUUGAAUCCUAGGCUGUUGCUUGCAGACUUCAUCUCCGAGAUUCGAACGCACAUGUUAGAUCUAGUUGAUGAUGGCCAGAUCGAAACGGUACAAGUUUGUUUGAUCUUGGGCACCUACUAUAUCUAUAAUGGCUCUGCACAUGCUGCCUGGAGUAUUUUAUCAUUGGCUGUCAGUACGGCAUACGCUCUUGCAUUACACUGCGAGAACCCCGCGGACGAUCGAGAUGUCGAGUUACAGGUGCGCCGACGGACCUGGAAUCAUGUCAUCAUUGCAGAUACUUUCUCAUCGAUGAUAUAUGGUAGACCAACCGGCCUCGAUGCCGCCUUCGCCCGGGUACAACCUCUGUGUGAGCUGGACGACACUGCCAUCAACGGCCCCUCAUCUCGAUCAGGAGGAGAGAUACCACCAAACGGGGUGCGCUCCACCUUGGCUUUCCACGUCCUCAAGUACCGUCUAUAUUCGAUCACCAAGCAUGCUCUAUCAACUCUUCGUCUUCUAAGACUGAACAAUCCACUAUCGGAAGAAGAUGCCAUGUCACUACUGGAUACCAUUCGUCAGACUGAGCAUCAACUCUCGGACUGGCAUAGUCAGAUUCCUGACUAUCUUACCAUGGAAUACUACAACACCGGCCUCCGUGAUGGUGACGGCCAUCAACCUCUUCACAAUCAGAAUUCCCCAAGAACAAAUCAGAGCGACAGGUUUUUGAUGCUACAAGCCAUUACGCUCCAAGCUACGUACGACAGCAGCGUGAUAUUCCUACGCCGUCCUCUCAUCGAACACAGGCUAAAUUUGAAUGGUGCAACAGGCACUGCAAAAUCAGCAUCGGAAUAUCGAGAAAGGUCACUGGACAUUGCCAUAGAAGCUGCUCUGAGAAUUUCUCGUCUACCCCUGGGAGAACUAGAACAUCACCUAGUGCUUUCUUUUGUCUUCAUGCACUUCUUUACUGCGGGUGUCAUAUUAUGCAUCGUUCCUCCGACAGAACCAUUCAGUGCUCGCUCACAAGAGUGCAAGUCUGGGGUCAUGCGUAUUAUCAGAACCAGUCGGGCACAUGGCAACAGUAGCAAAAUGGCGAAACACCUCGAUGAAUUACUCACACCACUUCUUAGCGCUACGAUACAACGAGAAUUGAACAACGCUCUCGAUCCACAAUCAGUAUCUCUGACUGCGGAAUCAGUUGGCCAGUCUGCAAGAAUCCAGAACGACGAAUUGAGCACUGUUACUCCUCAAAGGAGCGAGCAGUUCCUUCUCGAUCAAAGCAAUCAAUUCCAUCCGCCACCAGAUUUCAUUGCCAAUGACAGCAUGCCACCCCCUACGAGGGAAAAUCUUCAGCAGCAGUUUCCUCACGACUUAUCACAGCCAGGCUACCAGAAUCCAGGUCUGGCACAAGUGGAUAACUCUGAUUUCCAGUUCGAUGCACAUCUAGAUGAAACAUUUGGGGCAUUUGGACAGAUGAUGUUCAAUCUUCUUCCUGAUGAUCCAUACAGCCCCUGGAAUUGGGGUGGAACCUUAAGAUGA